CUUACGCAUGGUUCAUUGACUUCCGAACUGGUAUACUAUAAGAAUGACUUAACUGUAUAGCUUCACUAGUUAAUUGGGCUACUUUCUUAGUUGACAUCAUCUGAAUAGAAAUAGUAGGACACCUUUGGCAAGUCAUUGGGUUGGUACUUAACACACAUCUUACAGUAUGAUUCUUUAGACUAUAUAGACUAGUUUGAAUGGGUAGUUUAAAAGACUUUGAUUUCUAGCUUAUGGUUUGGAUUGGCUCUUCUAUUGCACAAUUUUCCAAUUACAGAUAAAAGAUUUAGACAAUGGCAGGCAGUGUGGUUGACGUCAUUUCAAGCAGCAGCACUAAGAGAUCAAAAUUAUGGGAUAUCUUCACAUUUUACACAGAGCGUGCCUCAAUGAACGGCAUAGUGUUUGUGGUGGACUCACUUCACAUUAAUAAAAGAAUCUUCUGGUUGAUACUGUUGUUAUCAGCUACUGGAGCUAUGACGUUUCACCUGUACAGUUUGGUAUCAAAGUAUUUGGAUUACGCUAAACAUUCGGACAUCAAUAUCGGAUUUAGUAGCCUAGAGUUCCCAGCAGUGACCAUUUGCAAUGUAAACAUCAUGAGAGUGUCAAAAGUUGAAAAUGCUUCUGAUGCGGUGCAGGACUUUAUGAAUAGAUUGAGCCAAAACAACCUAGAGACUAAAGUAGGUCAGAACAGUCCAGAAAAUGACGUCAUUGUUACUGGCGACGAGAGUGAUACAGAUGAAAAGGUCAGCAUGGCUGACUUCCUGGACACUUUUGACGACAACUUUGAUUUUGAUCAAGAUAAUGUUGAAGAUUCAUUUUACGACGCGAAUAGCCCACAGAGCUGGGAAGCGGUGGCCAACAGGUCAACGAUCACCACAUUGGUUGAGAAUUUUAAAGAUGUAUACAGUUUUAUGAACAUAACCGACAAGAAAUCUGUGGGUCAUCAACUCGGCGACAUGCUCAGGCAAUGCUCGUUCGCUACAAGAAAAUGCGAAAGAAAUUUCUCCCAGUCAACUAAUUCAGACUAUGGAAAUUGUUACACGAUACAGGACGCCCGCUAUGUUUCAAAGAAAAAUGGCCCAUCAGGGGGGCUGGAACUGAUCCUCUACCUGGAGAUCGAUGAAUACCUGCCUUUGAUAACAAGCGGUAAAGGAGCCCAUAUUGUGAUCCAUGAUAAAAACACUGUUCCACUGCCAGAAGAGGAGGGAAUUGCUGUGUCAGCUGGUCAGCAGACGAUGAUUGGUCUUAAACAGAUUAAAAUCACUCGCCUCGGAAAUCCUUAUGUUGCUUGCAAGAAUGUUGACGACUUCUACCGCCAGUACAAAGUAAACUACACCAGGAAUCUGUGUCAGAAAAUGUGUUUCCUGAAGCAGAUCUAUAACGAGUGCAAGUGUCUGGACACAAGUUACUAUUUCAUCAAUGUCCUACUCAAGAUUAACGGAACAAAGACUUGCCUCACGUCUGAUGAAGUGAAGUGUGUAACGCGCAUCAAAGUGUCGUUCAGGGGAGAUAAUGAGACUUGUGGCUGUUACAGUCCUUGUAGUGAAAGAAUAUUUGAUACGUAUGUGUCGUCCAGAACUUGGCCAAAUAAUGACUUGCUGUCUGUGUUAGUUAAAGAUGUGUGCACUACAAAUGUAGACAUUUGCCAGAAACUGAAAAAUAAAUCGGAACUUGAAAUUAGAGAGAAUUUCCUGAAGCUCAAUAUAUUUUAUAGGGAUUUAAAUUACGAAGAGCUUGCUGAGCAGCCCAAUUACGAAAUUUUUCAACUGCUGUCAGACUUUGGUGGAACUAUGGGAUUGUGGAUUGGUCUUUCAGUAUUAAGCUUGUUUGAAAUUAUAAAUGUGAUUUCGGAACUCUUGUAUUGUUUGAUCUGCAACAGAAGACACAGACGUAAUUAACUCCAAGAUUGGGGCAAAUACCCUCAGCCACCUGACACGACUGGUUGUUACUAAUAUCUAAAUAGACGAACUACAUAAACCUUUUGACCAAACCUUCUUUCGAGGAAAGAAACUGAUAGAUUAUUUCAACUGUGUUUCAAGCAACCAACGAGACAUGAAAUUGUGGUCAGUGCAUUUCCGUAUGGAGGUAGAGACUAUAAUAUCUCCAAGUCCUUUCAGUGUUUACGUUACAUUGUAUUUCUUUGCCAUCUAAUUCUAAACAUAACAUUGGAUUUUACAGGAGGAUAUAUAUAUAUAUAUAUAACGGUUUUUAAUUUACACUCAUUUCCAUUAACAACUGCAUUCCAAACAAUACAACUAUCUUCUGCGUCUGAGGUGACAACUUAGUGAGGUUAAGAGCAAGCGUAGCGUGAGGUUUGAGGACCGUGUUCUCCUACAGACUGAAUCACGCGACCUAAAAAUAGCAAUACCAUUGAGGCCGAUGCGAGGAAAAAGCAAACAGGGACGUCUUUGGUAUCACCUGGCAACGCAACUUCAUGGAGGAUCUCAGGAUAGUGAACAUCAGCAUGGGAAAAGGCUGCAAACAUUGCUGGAGAUUUCUAUGAAGACAGCUUGCCGCCCACUACGCCGGAAGGCCAUGGAGGCUCUAAGCCUAAGUUUCAUGUGACUAGUUACUGCUCCAUUAUAAUCUUUUUGCAGAACUGAAAGUCAUGCUAAUAAGGAUAGAGAGGUGUGAAUAAUAGUUUUCCUAGCAAAGAGGAGAACUUGCAGAAAACUGGCCUCCAUGGAGAACUCUAUUUCAGGCCUAGCAUCAUUUCAGUCAGAAUCGUUUUCGUCCUCUCCCUGAAAUUAACUGAUAUCCUUGAACCUCACUGACCAGAUUCUAGUUGGGGAUUGAAGGGCUUAUUUUGACAAAGAUUCUAAUAAAAAGCCGGCAGAUAUUGAAGAUCUCUUUUCAGUAACUUCCCCGGGCAGACGUAUUGAUUCAUUGAGCCUAGCCGUUGAGCUGGAGUAUUAUGUGAACAGUUUAAGAGAUGCCUUGAGACUAAAACAAUUAGUUACUUGGGCUCAUUAAAUUUAAGUACAAAUUCGAAAUGGUGGACAUUUAAACAUUUUGAUAAGUUCAGCGUUCCUCCAGGACUUGAACUUGUGACCCAUGACUUGAUCACAACAAAAGCUCGAGAUUGCCUAAAUCGAAAAAAAUAUUUUUAGAUAAGAAAUAUUUUCUGUUGAUUUUGUAUACCGGUUGUUGUAUUGGCAUUUAUUAUCUGUAUGAUUAUUAUAGUGUGAUAAAGAAUUAUUACUGUUUAAUAAAUAGAUCGAUUUGAUUCUAUGAUCAGCGACAUUAAGAAAAUGUACCAAUAAAUAAUGUAUGUGUGUGUGUUUGUGAGUGUAGAGAGUGAUCAUGCUGUGCACGAGAUUAUUUAUCGUAUUAAUGGUUUUGCAUUACCGCCAGCGGACAACGGCUUUGUCUGCAGGAAAUGCGGGAAAAUAUGCAGGUCGCAGCUGGGUUUGGGUUGUCAUGUGAAACACUGCACUCAUCCUUAAUCUUCGGAAUCAAAGACAUUGAUAUUGCAGUCAACUAUUUACAUGAACUGAUGCUUUGUUAAUUCACUAGAUAAUUGGUUUUUAAACAAAUGACUCUAAACUUAAAACUCAAAUAGAUCUCUGACUAUUGAUUAGUAGAACUAAUGGUUUGGCUUGUGUAGCUAUGGUAACUUAAAUGCAUCAAACACGAAGGUUUAUUUACAGGUACACAUUGUUGGCUUUGAUGGUGUACGGAUUGCAAACAACUUUACCAUCGAGAUCCUUUUAAUUGUUAACUAUUCAAUGCUUCAAGUCCAUGCAAGUCCAUUCAAUUUUGUAAACGAAUCUACACCAAUUUGCGAUUAGAGAAAGAAUAGUGAAACGCUUUGAUCUCUGAUGGAUUUCUAGCAAACAUUGUUUAAUGUAAUCAUUUCAUUUGUUGCUUGCUUGUAAUGGACCUCAUUCACAAAAAACGAACGGUCACGUGAUAAUAUUUAUACAACAACGAAAAAAAAACCUGUCACGUGAUAAGCAGUGUUGAUUAAAAUUAGAUCGUAAUUUGUAUAGAGGAGACAGAGAAGCACGUGACUCAAUGUUGUUUGUUUACGAUUGGUGAAUGAGGUCCAUUGUUGUUUCAAUGAUUUUUUUCUGUAAAUACAACUGUGCCCUGAGUCAACACAACAUUUAGACGACAACAUGGAUCAUGAGAUCACGGGUCAGGUAAGUCAAGGGUCAGUGGUUUAGUAGCAGUCGGCCUAGGUUCAAUAAUGUCAUGUUAAGCCCUCCUCCAGUAAGCUCAAAAUUGGAACCAGUGAAAUCUGCCCAUGUGGAGUGAGAAUGCUGACCAUGUCCUUCAAAACUGCAUUCUUUACCAAGAGGCCCGAACAAGACACUGGCCCCAAAACACCCAAAUUGAAAGAAAACUAUACGGAGAGCUCCCCACUGUUCGUCUGAUAUAUUGGUCUAGUCGUCUGAACGCUCCAACAUAAAAAUGAGAACGAAGAAGAAGAAGAAGAAGAGUGUGACAGAACCCAAAUUGAGCCAACUAUAUGUCAUGUGAGAGAAUGCAUGUCCAAGAAAACAGACAGUACUUAAAACGCUGUCCUCAAACCUCGGAUCAUUUGAAAGGUCCAUGUUAUUGGUCAACAGUGUACCUUGCUAGGGUUCAGAGUCACGUGCUGGGUCUUCUUCCAGUAUUCUGAACGUGUUUUGUUCGUCAUAAGUAUAGGGUCAAGUAGAAACAGGUUUCUGGACAGUGAAAACAAAGUCCUGGAUACUUCCGACACGCGCUAUUCUCCUAGAAAUGUAUUACAGCCUCAUAGACAAUUACGUUUUUUGAAGAACGUUUGUUAAGACCAUUGCUGGUCUUACUCACUAGGAAAUAAAUUAUGAUCUCGAAGUCAGUUCACAGUUCAAAAUUGUGCAUACUUUGAAGUGUUUGUAUAUUAUUAUGACUUAUAAUUAAUCUGCUGUACACUGUUCAUAUCCGCCGAAUCUUAGAAAAUGUUAAUUGUCAACUCAUACAAUGAAUUCGUGAAUAUAUACAAGUAAAUACAUUCCGUAAUAUUAAAAAAAGAAAAAUUAAAUAAAAAUAAACAUGAUUUUAC